AUGCGAUUCGUAGGAAGCGAAGAUCACGAACAAGUGUGGAGAAGAGCUGGCAAACAAGAUUUAGACAGUAAUACAACACAAACUAGUCUACAAAACACAACUACUGAUGCUUUUUAUUAUCUUGAUGAUCUUCUUGCUCGUGAUGCUGAUUCUACUCAUUAUGAUGCUGCCCGUACUCAUGCUGUUGCUCGUGCUGCCGAGAGUGCUUAUCUUGCUGCUCGUGAUCAUCUUGAUGAUGAUGCUGCCCGAGAUGCUGCUCGUUGUGCUGCUCGUGCUGCUCUUGAUUCGUAUGAUUCUGCUGCUGGUGCAGAUGCCUAUGCCGCUGAUCUUAUAGGUCGUACUUUUGAGGGUAGCGCUAAUAUUUUUGAUAAUGCUGAUGCCGUUGCUGCUCAUGUUCGUUCUUUCACUGCUGGUGCUGGUCUUGCUCCUAAUCGUGCUGCGCUUCGUACUGGUCGUCUUCGUGCUCUUGCUGCUGCAGUUGCGCUUCCUCAUUUUGAUUUCCUUGCUCUUGAUCGUUCUGAUGCUGCUCUUAUGCCGGCUGUUGAUAAUAAUAUUCUUAAUGAUAGUCACCUUCGUGAUGUUCUUGCUACUUUUCUUGAAAUAGGGCGUAGUUCUUUGGCUGCUGUUGGUGGUGCUGCUGGUGCUGUUGGUCCUGCUGAUCGCGAUGGUUAUGAUGAAGACUGGGAAUAG